UUUCAUAGUUUUAACUUGUAAUGGCAACAUAAGUUAACUAAAAGAAGUUAUCCAAAUAUUUUCAUUCUGGGAAAAUAUUGUUUUUCGCCGAAAUUAAUUAUUUGUCUUCCCACGGCAGUUUUAUGAAUCAAUAAUGGCAAGAAGAUAUGAGCAUGGAUUUAGACCAGAAGGAACUUCAAAACCUAUACCAUCCGAGCCUCCUUUUACUCUUUAUGUUGGAAAUCUUCCACAAGGUGUAGUUCAAGGCGAUAUUGAAGAUAUAUUCAAAGGAUUAAGUGUUGCAAGUAUACGUUUAGUCAGGGAUAAAGAUACUGACAAAUUUAAAGGUUACUGUUAUGUAGAAUUUGAUGAUUUAGAUUCUUUAAAACAUGGUCUUGAAUUAGAUGGUGCUAUAGUUGAAGGCCGAUCUUUGCGAGUUGAUAUUGCUGAUGGUCGAAGAAAUGAUAGAGGAGGCUUUCGAGGGGGCAGAGGAGGAGGAGGCUUUGAUCGCGGUACACCUGGACGAGGAAGAUUCAAUGAUGGUGGAGGUAGAGGCCGUGGUAAUUUCAGAGGUGGUUUCAAUGAAAGAGAUCAAGAUAGGGGUCGUGGAUCUGGCAAUUAUGGAAGAUCUACACCAAUACGAAAUUCAGAGUUCAGAAAUGCUGAAUUCAAAGAGCCAUCAUCAGAAGAAGCAGCUGCUAGACCACGGCUGAAAUUAUUGCCUAGGUCAGUUAAAGAUCCAGUUAAUGCAGUAGCUGAUACAUCUAACAGAUCAAGCAUAUUUGGUGAGGCAAAACCAAGAGAUGAAAAAAGUUUGACCGCGGAGAAGAGUAAUAAUGAAUUACCAGUUAAUCAUUGUUCCUCCACAAUUGGAGUUAAUUGACUUAAUAAAUAAAAAAGUGAUAUUUUGUAUCACCUCCCCUUUAAUGUUUUCCCACCAGUUAUGUGUGUUUAAAUCUAAAUGUCUUGAAAUAUAAAAGCAGAUAUCACUAAAGGUAUUUUCUAUAAAUUCAUAUUUGUAACAACAUAGAAUGAAUUACAAAAUAUUUUUUUUAGUUGGGGUUUAGUUUAAUUUGUUAUGAUUUAUUGCUUAGGAAAUGAAUUGUCAAAUGAUUUACAUUUUUAUCAAUCAAUCUUGUUUUAUUUUAUAUUUUUAAAAGAAUUCACAAUGAAAUUCUUGCAUCAGCAUGCUAUUUUACUGUUAUGAUUUGUUGUUAUUGAUGAAUUUUUCUAAGUUUGUGUGUUAUGCUACAUCAGGGAAUUCAUUUUAUUUCGUUAUUAAUGCUUGUUUAUGAUACAAAAGUCCACUGUGCUUUAUUUUUGUAUUUGAAUUGCUAUAGUAUAGUAAUGUAAUCAAUUCUUGUUUAAAAAAUAAUCAUUUCAGCUUGUUUUAAAUCACAAUUUUUGGAAUUAAAAUUUUUCCUAUGUA